AUGGCACAUGGGCUCUGUUCAAGAGAGAGAAUGACUCUGGUCUCCUGGCUCUGUGGUGCUCUGUUUGCAUCGCCGGCCUGUUUUCUCUACGGCUCCAACAGCGACCAGCACUGCAACUUCUUCCUCCCUAGUUCUUGGCAAGGAUCUGCCUACAGUAUCAUCCACCUCCUCUUGGUGUUUAUGAUCCCAUCCCUCUUCAUUAUCCUCUUUUACCAGAAAGUCAUUAAGUACAUUUGGAGAAUAGGCACGGAUGGAAUGACUGUCAGGAGAACAACAAAUAUUGUUCCAAGAACAAAAGUGAAAACCAUCAAGAUGUUCUUAAUGUUAAACUCGGUAUUUCUUCUGUCCUGGCUGCCUUUCUUCAUGGUACAGUUGUGGCACCCAGAGGAAACAGACUACAGAAAGAGCUCCUUGCUUUUCCUGGCCAUCACCUGGAUCUCUUUCAGUUCCUCAGCCUCUAAGCCAACCCUCUACUCCAUCUAUAAUGCAAACUUCAGAAGAGGAAUGAAAGAAACUUUUUGCAUGUCUGCCAUGAAAUGCUAUAGAAGCAACGCAUACACCAUCACUACCAGUUCCAGGAUAGCAAAAAAAAAUCAUGUUGGUAUUGCAGACAUUCCAGCUACAGCCAAAAGUGUCACCAAAGACUCCACUUAUGAUGCUUUUAACAGAGAAGCCAAGGAAAGAAAGCUUGCCUGGCCUAUUCCGUCCAAUCCCCCAAAUACCUUUGUCUAGUGGGCUGCAUUGUUUUGAAAAGUUACUCUGUACCCCAGAAGAAGGAAUUUUCUCUCCUUUGGACCUGAUGUAUAGCUUUGUAUUUUUAACCCAGAUUCUGGGGGGGAAGGGAGGAGGGGGGAGAGGGCAGAA